CUUCCUCCUUCUCUUAUUUUCAUACUCUUUUUCAUCUUAUUCUUCUAAACAAAAUGCUCUCUCUCACACGCACCAGAGUACUCACCACUGCCAGACGCGCCUUCGCCACCGCCGCAAAGACCGCUGCUCCUGCUGCCCCUGUCGCGGCUGACAAGAAGUUCAAGGUUGUCGUUGUAGGUGCAGGUCCUGGUGGUCUGUCGGUAUCAUCCACACUCUCGAAGAUGCUCGGAAAGGACCAGGUUGCUGUCAUUGACCCUGCCAGUGUUCACUACUAUCAACCCUUGUGGACCUAUGUUGGUGCAGGUCUCAAAGACUUUAAGGAGUCUGUUAAGCCCAUGGCCAGCGUAAUGCCCUCAAAGGCCGAGUGGAUUCAGGACAAAGUCACCAAGCUCGACCCUGACCACAACCAGGUUACCUUGAGCAAUGGCGAAACUAUUGGUUACGAGUAUCUUGUCGUUGCUGCUGGUAUUCAGAUCAACUGGGAACAAAUCAAGGGCUUGAAGGAAGCCCUUGGCAAGGACGGCGUUACUUCCAACUACUCUCCCGAGAGUGUCCAAAAGACUUACCAAUUUAUCAAGGAAUUCAAGGGUGGAAAUGCAGUCUUUACUUUCCCCAACACUCCCCUCAAGUGUCCUGGUGCUCCUACCAAGAUAGUCUUCUUGGCUGAAGAAGCCUUCCGUUUGUCUGGCGUCCGUGAUAAGACCAAUGUUAUUUACAACACCAGCCUGGGUAAGAUCUUUGGUAUUGACCACUACGGAAAGGUUCUGCAGAAGCUGGCCGAUGAGCGCAACAUCCAGGUCAACUUCCAGAACGAGCUUAUCUCAAUUGAUGCCAACAACCACGAGGCCGUUUUCCGCAACAAUGGAAAGAACGGAGAGCUGAGCACUGUUCACUACGACUUUUUGCACGUCGCGCCUCCCCAAGGACCUCCCAAUUUCAUCAAGGAAUCAAAGUUGGCUGAUUCGGUUGGUUGGGUUGAUGUUAACAAGGAUACCCUGCGUCACAACCGUUACAAGAAUGUCUUUUCGCUCGGUGACUGCUCUUCUUUGCCUACCUCUAAAACCGCGGCUUCCAUUACUGCUGAAUCGGGUGUCCUGAAGCACAACCUUAUUGCUGAUAUCAAGGGAGAGAAGGUUGAACAGGCAGUUUACGAUGGCUAUACCAGCUGUCCUUUGAUCGUCGGUCGCAAAGAGUUGAUCCUUGCCGAGUUCUCUGGCUACACCGGCAAGCCUCUUGAGACCUUCCCUGUUGACCAGCGUAAGAUUACCAGCGUUGGACAGUUCCUCAACAAGGAGGUUAUUCCUGCCAUUUACUGGAACGCCUUGUUGGACGGUAACUGGGUUGGUCCCGGCAAGUUCAGAUCUAUUCUUGAGCCUCUCCGUUCCAAGCAUACUUAAGCAGAAUAUCCAACAAAAACACUAUCAAAAAAAAGAAUAUUAAUAAUAAUUAACCCGAUUUUACCCUUUUUCUCUUUUUUUUAUCUAUCUCUUUUUCCUUUCUACUUCAUCUUACAUUAUAUAACUCAUACACAAAAUGCUUUUCCCUUUUAUAUAUAAAUAAAUAAAUUUAUAUAGCUAUAUAUCUGUAUAAUUAGAUAU